AUGAGCUCAAUUUCACUUCAAUAUCAUCUAAAUCUUUUAAAGGCUUGUGAUUAUGGCUUGAUCCUGAGGAUGUACAGUAGUGUUAGGACUUGUAUUUUCAGAUAUGGCUCUAUGGAAUUGGUCGCCACGGGAGGAGGAUGGUGCAACAAUGUCACAACUUGCCUUGCCCGUAAAGACACUCGCUUAGGUUCCUCAAAGCAAAUGGUUAAGCAGGUCGUAUUUUCUGGGAUUUUGAGCAACAAACUAAAGUUUAACCCAGAUUUCUAUAAUUGGAAUAGGAUCAAGGUUAGAUAUUGUGAUGGAGCAUCAUUUACUGGAGAUAUAGAAGCAGUAGAUCCUGCUACUAAACUUUACUUCAGAGGAGCGCGGGUUUUUGUUGCUAUCAUCGAGGAUUUGUUAGAAAAAGGAAUGAAGAACGCUAAAAAUGCCGUUCUGUCUGGAUGUUCAGCCGGUGGAUUAACAUCGAUUUUGCAUUGUGAUAACUUCAAAGCUCUUGUUCCCAUGGCUGCUAAAGUGAAGUGUUUUGCGGAUGCUGGGUAUUUUAUUAACGCGAAGGAUAUCUCUGGAGCACCGCAUAUCGAGGAUUUCUAUGAUGAUGUGGUCAAGACACAUGGAUCGGCGAAGAACUUGCCCUCAUCGUGUACUUCAAAGGGGAAACCAAGUUUGUGUUUUUUCCCGCAAAACAUGGCACAUCAAAUUCGAACGCCGCUUUUCAUUACAAAUGCUGCGUAUGAUUCAUGGCAGAUAAAGAAUAUUUUGGCUCCUGGGGUUGCUGAUCCACAUGGUACCUGGCACAAUUGCAAGAUUGAUAUUAAAAAAUGCUCCCCCAGCCAACUCCAAAUCAUGCAAGGUUUCAGAACGGAGUUCAUAAAUGCACUGUCUGGACUGGGUGCCUUUACAUCAAGAGGAUACUAUAUAAACUCCUGCUAUGCCCACUGCCAAACUGAAAUGCAAGAAACUUGGUUGAGGAGCGACUCUCCGGUUUUAAGUGACAAGGUCAAUAACUCUUGCCAAUUUACAACUAUAUCUCUUUAUCACUAA